UAUAUUAUUGUUGGGUUUAUAAGAUUUGUUCUAAAGGUUAAUUUUAGUUUUCAAUUAUUCGUGCAUUUUUACUUAGCGUAAUGUCAGCGAACAGGUUUUACUAUUUUAUUUCGAAUUACGUAUUUGUAAUUAAUCUAUUGAUGUAUUAAAGUAGAAAAAAAAACAUCCACGUCUCUUGAAUAUAAAUUAAUGUGAAUCCUAAAUUAAAAAAAAAAAUGUGCAUAAAAUAGGUUUUACUUGUUCCGAGAAAUGUUUUGAUUAAAUAUUUCUUAUACAACAACAACAUAACACUGACAAGUCACAGUAAAUUCACUAUUAGAUAUUUAAUCGUCAUUCUUUUGUAAACAACUCCAGGAUGAUAUCGAAAUAGUGUCCUUUGAAGUGUAUUCUACCUACAAAACUGAACAUUUUCAUCUAAGAAAAACGAGUCGAAAAAUGACAAACAAUUUUAGUCUUCCAUACAAACACGGCACGUUCAGCUGUAAAGUUAGUAUGGAAGACUCGAAAUUUUUUGUCAAAUUCCAAUUUGUGAUUCACAAAAAUUCUCUCUUAAUAUAUUUUAUAGUAUAGCUAGAUUAAUAGUUUUACAUACCUCUAAUGAUUUUGAUUUCACUCUAUAUAAUGUAGGCAAUACCCAGGCAUCUUUCGUGUCAAAUUGCGAAUGAAAUAACGCAGUAGUCAUUGCGUUAUCUAUAAUUCAUACAGAUGUAGGCAAUAAAAUCUCCAUACCAAUAUUGCGAUUGAUUGUUUUUUAUUGCAAUCCCGCUUCGUUUGUGAGAUAUUGAAAGAUCAAAUUCCACAAUGAGCGUAUGUGCGCACUUUUUAUUAUUUGUCUUCAUAACUGUACAAGCGGCAUAUGUACCUUUCAGGCAUUUACAUGAUUAUGUUAAAGAUGGACGUCCAGUUGACGGGCCUUUCCCGUCUAAUCUAAUGAACAUACCGUACUAUUGCUACCAGGUGCCCUCGAAGGGUCCUUGUGACCGAAUGUUCUUCGUUUGGUUCUACGAUAUUGUCAGAAGGGAAUGUAUGCCGAUGUUCUAUUCCGGAUGUGGUGGCAACGAAAACAGAUUCACAAGCAAAGCAGAUUGUCAAAAUCACUGUGUACGCAAACGUGGAAUAUAAAAUUUUAUUUAUA